AUGCGCGAGCCAAGUGCAACUGCAGAAGCAGUGUGCGUGGGACGGGCCACGGCCAGCGAGGAAAACCAUGGCUCGGCUCUGCCGAGACCCGGGGCCUGCAACUCUGACACCGAAGAUGUGUCCGUCAUGCAGGACACCGGGAGCCUAGCGGGCCCUCGGCCGAGAGUUUCUGAAGACUUGGACUUUGAAACUGACGGGGAAGUCCCCCUGGAGCUGGGCGUCCAGAUUUCCGCGAGCCCGUCGAGAGCAGGCUCCCGGCCGGUUUCUCCCAGACGUCCCAGCUCGGCUUUGGCCGAAGAAAGGGAUCUCUUCUGCGCCGUGCUCACCAUGAUGCUCCCCACGCGUGCGGAGUUCGUCCGGGGCAUUCCGCUGCGCUCGGCGUUGGGGGGAUGCGGGCAGGCUCUGCGAGGAAGCUCCGCAGGUCUGUAUCGGCACAGCCGGCCGGUAUCCUGCAUUGACGUUUUUUGGUCUCACAGUUGGACCACGAGCUCCUGGAUGAAGAUUGCUACUCUGCGGGUGUUGAGCAGCAGCUUUGUGCCAACCACCUGUGGCACGCUUGGCGCGAUCUUGGCCUUAGCUCUAAGAGCUUUCCAUGUCUUGCCUUCACUUGGCAGCGACAUUGGAUUUUUGGACUCGCAGUGGUGCCUGCUGUUUGGAAUGGCCAGUUACUACCUGGCCUUGCUGACGUGGUGGCCGCGUUUGCUCGUUUUCCUCGAUGUCGUCUGCAUAGACCAGGGCGAUGAGGAGAAGAAAGGGGAGGCCUUGCUCUGCAUGGGUGCCAUCUUGAAAAGUUCAUCAUCCAUGCUGGUCCUUUGGGAUCCGAGUUGGGCCUCCAGGCUUUGGUGCAUCUUUGAGCUCGCCGGCUUUCUGCGCAGCCGGGAGUCGACGGACACGGCACAUCGAAGUUUGUCUGUGCGACCAAUUCUGAUGGGGCCGGUCCAGCUCGUGGGCAGCUUCAGUUUGUAUUUGGUGUUGCAAAGCUUGCCGGUGCUGCUGAAAGUUGCAUCCUCUUUCCUUACUGGCGCUGUGAUGGUCAUCCUAACGGUCGCAGGCACUUGCUCGCUCGGCUUUCUCUUUCUGGCUCACGUUGCAAGGGCGUACUGCCGCGAUCUGGCUGCACUGGAACAGCAACUGGCGGAGUUCAACAUCGAGGACACGAGAUGUUUCUGCUGCACCGCCAACCAUGUGCACCAGGGCCAAGCAAUUUCCUGCGACCGUGUCGUGAUGUGUCGCUGCAUUGAGUCCUGGUUCAGCAGCCUUGAAGAUUUCGAGCUCUAUGUGAGACAUCAGGUGCGGGCGGCCGUCUUGAAACAGCUGACAAGUCCCGGACUCCUGUACAGGCUGGUGGUGGAGGCUGCCUCCCCCAUCAUGUGGUUCUUCCUCGACCGGUUGGCCUAUGCCUUGACAAGGGAUUACCUGCAGUCAUAUCCGCUUUGGCCUGUCUCUGUGAUUCUAGAUGCCUUGGUCUGGUGGCUGGCCGUGAUACCAAGUAUCAUCAUCUUUGCUGCAAUGGUGGCCUACUCACUCCGCCUGAAGCCAGGUGGCAUUCUCAUAGACGGCUUGGCGAGCCUUCUGACUGUGAUUGCCGGCGUGUUCCUCCUCGUCGCAUUCUUCUCCCUUGAUAUGCUUUGCCAGGCAGUGAUACCUAGUCAGCAUCCUGACCUCCUUCCUGCAAAAGCAAGUUUCUCGGUCAUCAUGGUGAUCGUCACUAUCUCUGCGCGACGAACCCUGGUGGCAGGCACCUGGCUCCGCCGGCGACAGCCAAGUGGACCGAGGCUUGGUGCAGCCAGCGAUGACAAGCUUAAUUACUUUUCAGAUGGUGGUUAUGGAUCACUCCAGCCUUCGUCCCUUGGGCCUCCCCGGAAAGGUGCUGGCUUCAGGCUCGAGGCAGACUGGGACUGGGCUACGCGUGGCUUCCGCGGCUGGGCCAUCUUUCAGGCUGCUGCGGCGAUCGAGUUGCUGUUUUACCACAAGCUUGUAAACCCAACGGCAAUGCCGGUGAUCGUCACUGCCAUAGCUUGCGGAGUCCUGCGCAGCGCCUCGGCGCGGGACCGCCUCGGUGGGGGAACCUUCAGGCUGCUGAGUUUGGGCCUCCUUUUCGCCUGUAGCCUCCUCUUCCUGCGGGCUAUUUCAAGCGUCGGCGUGCUGCUGGCCGUGGCCUCCAAAGGGCCGGUCUCGCUUCGCGUGGAAGCCCUGCUACUGGCACAGGUGCCGAUUCUCUUUGUCUCCUGCUUCGGUUGCAAGGCGGCGUACGGCACCCUGGCCAAAGAGGGCCUUCCGAAGUUCAAGAUGGCGCUCCGUGCCGAAAAAGGCCGCAAGUGGCUUCUGACGCUGCUUGCUGUUGGGUACUUCGUGACCAGUCUCCACCAGGUCCUCUGGGGCAGCGCCUCCCUCUUCGGUGGUUUCCCGGCGCUUGGAGCCCUCCGUUGCUUUGUGGUGGCCGUCUGUGCUCACGUUUGCCAGACCGCUGCGGUUGCUGGACCAAAGAGGCUGAGCUCUGAGACAUACAGGACACUCAACCUGGCGCUGCUUCUCGAUGCCACCGCCCGUAUCGCCAUGCUGGUGGCAGCCGCCAACAAGCCUUCUGCGCUCCUGGCCAGCGUUCUGGUCUUCCCGGCUGUCGAUGCGUUCUGUGCCAUGGGAGGUGGCCGUUUAUGCUUCAAAGUGGGAAACCGGGGUCAGCUGUUGCGCUUCCUUGUCCGGAAGUGCCGAGCUUAUGAUGGCGAUGCCUUCGCAUUACUGCAGAUCGCUCCCGCGCCGGCCAAGGCACUCGAGCUGUCGCGAGUUCCUAUCGACAUUCACUUCCACGGGUCGCUCAGACUCGCAGGCAGCGACCUUCCACUGCGGUCCCGUUGCGGAUCCGGCCCCCAACACCAGGUCGGCCUUCUCAGCGCCAGGACCCAGCACGUCCUUCGGCACGGCGCUGCAGGCGUCCGAUCCCCUGCGCGCAGCGUCGCGAAACAUCUUCGAGCGCACGCCGCAGGUGGAGGCCAGGCGGGUCUUCGGCUCGUAUGCGCUGCCAAUUGCUGCGCCGGAUAUGGUCGGCGACAGGGAAGAAGUCCAGCGAAAGAGCUUCGACGUGGCUGCACUGACGGCCUGGCGGGUGCCAUCGUCUCAGCAGGGGGACGCCACUCCUGCCGUAGGCAGCGAGCAAGACUUCUGGGGGAGCCUCCAUACCUGGCGCCGGACCUGGCUUGGUCGGGGUUUCGAGAUCGCAUUGGUCCUUGUCUUCAUUGCCGUGGAGGCUUCCAAGAUCCUCCUGAGUGUGAGGGCGCUGGACGGUGCCAGCCUGCUGGUGGGAUCCCCAGGGUGCCUUUUGAGAUUCGGGUUAACACGCAACGGGCCUGCAAGAAGCCUCCUGAGCCGAGGAUGGGCAAGUGCUGGUGGUCUUCCAAGGAGCCGCCCGCUCCCCAGCCCAUCCGUGUCUCUUUGAUCAGCGGCGUGGCGUUUUCCUUCCUCUUCGAGGCCGGGAGCGCCUUGAUCGAGGGUCCCCUGUUACAGCAGUGUUUGAUUGGGGUUGACGAUGGCAAUGUGUCUAUGUAA